CUUGUGAUUUCUUUAAGGUAGCUGAUUAGCUGCAGGUCAACGUUAAUGCGGGUGCAAACCCCAGGAAACCUGACCGGCAUCACAACAUCGACGCUGAUGUUGCAGCAGAGUUGGCUAAGGAGCGCACGUUAUGCGGGGCCCUGAGGAGCGGGCGGCGGGGCGGCGGCUUCCCAGCCUAGGGGAAAUGCGCUGGGCUCUGGGCCCUUAGCCUGUCUCUGUAACCUGGCCCCGGCAGCUCGACUGACUGACUGAGAGAGAGGGGCCACGCCCAGUGAGCUCUCUGUGGUCCUGGCCUGGGGCGGUAUUGGGAGCCGAGGGAGAGGCCUGUUCGUGCCGUGACCGGCAGACAUGUCCGCCGGGGGGGAGCCCGACGCCGACCACCCGCGCUUCUUCGUCGGGUGCGACGACGGCGAGGGCGACGAGCUGCUGGACCCGGGGAGGAUCAUGGGAUACGACUGCCUGUACGAGAACGUGGAGGAGGAGGAGGAGGAAGACGACGACGACGAAGAGUACGACUCCCCCCCAGAGAGGCAGAUAGUGGUGGGCAUCGGCGCCAUGUCCAAGAAGUCCAAGUCCAAGCCCAUGAAGGAGAUCCUGGAGAGGCUGUGCCUGUUUAAGUACAUCACCGUGGUGCUGUUUGAGGAGGACGUCAUCCUCAACGAGCCCGUGGACAACUGGCCCCUCUGCGACUGCCUCAUCUCCUUCCACUCUAAAGGCUUUCCUUUGGAUAAAGCGGUUGCCUACGAGAAGCUGAGGAACCCCUUUGUCAUCAACGACCUGGACCUGCAGUACUCCAUCCAGGACAGGAGGGAGGUGUACCGCAUCCUGAAGGCUGCCGGGAUCCAGCUCCCGCGGUACGCGGUUCUGAACCGCGACCCGGCUCGACCCGAAGAGUGUAACCUGGUAGAAGGGGAGGACCACGUCGAGGUGAACGGGGAGGUCUUCCAGAAGCCGUUUGUGGAGAAACCGGUCAGCGCCGAGGACCACAACGUCUACAUCUACUACCCCACCUCCGCUGGGGGCGGCAGCCAGAGACUCUUCCGCAAGAUUGGCAGCAGAAGCAGUGUGUACUCUCCAGAGAGCAACGUUCGCAAAACGGGAUCCUACAUUUAUGAGGAGUUCAUGCCCACAGACGGGACCGACGUAAAGGUGUACACGGUGGGCCCGGACUACGCUCAUGCGGAGGCACGGAAGUCCCCCGCCCUGGACGGGAAGGUGGAACGGGACAGCGAGGGGAAGGAGGUGCGGUACCCAGUCAUCCUCAACGCCCGGGAGAAGCUCAUCGCCUGGAAGGUCUGCCUGGCCUUUAAGCAAACGGUUUGCGGCUUCGACCUGCUGAGAGCCAACGGGCAGUCGUACGUCUGUGAUGUAAAUGGGUUCAGCUUUGUGAAGAACUCCAUGAAAUACUACGAUGACUGUGCAAAAAUAUUAGGGAACAUCAUCAUGAGAGAGCUGGCCCCUCAGUUCCAGAUCCCCUGGUCCAUUCCCCUGGAGGCAGAGGACAUCCCCAUCGUCCCCACCACCUCUGGGACCAUGAUGGAACUGCGCUGUGUCAUCGCUGUGAUUCGCCAUGGCGACCGAACGCCCAAACAGAAGAUGAAAAUGGAAGUUCGGCAUCAGAGGUUUUUUGAUCUGUUUGAAAAAUGUGACGGGUACAAAAGUCGAAAACUAAAGCUGAAGAAGCCAAAGCAAUUGCAGGAAGUUCUGGACAUUGCGAGGCUACUCCUGGCAGAACUCGGACAGAACAAUGACUCAGAAAUUGAGGAAAGCAAAGCCAAACUGGAGCAACUCAAAACUGUCCUAGAAAUGUAUGGGCAUUUCUCUGGCAUAAAUCGCAAGGUUCAGUUAACGUACCUUCCACACGGCUGCCCAAAAACCUCAAGUGAAGAGGAAGACGUGCGGCGGGACGACCCCUCCCUGUUGCUGGUGUUGAAGUGGGGGGGCGAGCUCACCCCCGCCGGGAGGGUUCAGGCUGAGGAGCUGGGCAGGGCCUUCAGGUGCAUGUACCCCGGGGGCCAAGGGGACUACGCAGGGUUCCCUGGCUGCGGUUUGCUGCGACUGCACAGUACCUACCGGCACGAUCUGAAGAUCUACGCGUCCGACGAGGGGAGGGUACAGAUGACGGCAGCAGCCUUCGCCAAGGGCCUGCUGGCGCUGGAGGGCGAGCUCACGCCCAUCCUGGUGCAGAUGGUGAAGAGCGCCAACAUGAACGGCCUGCUGGACAGCGACAGCGACUCGCUCAGCAGCUGCCAGCAGCGCGUGAAGGCCCGGCUGCACGAGAUCCUGCAGCGCGACCGCGACUUCACCUCCGACGACUACGAGAAGCUUGCUCCGACCAGCAGCACGUCCCUGGUGAAGUCCAUGCAGAUGAUCAGGAACCCGGUGAAGACCUGUGACAAGGUCUACUCCCUGAUCCAGAACCUCACCCUGCAGAUCCGACAGAGGAUGGAGGACCCCAAGUCUGCGGAUAUCCAGCUGUAUCACAGUGAGACUCUGGAACUCAUGCUGCGGCGGUGGGCCAAGCUGGAGAAGGACUUCAAAAUGAAGAACGGGAGAUACAACAUCAGCAAGAUCCCCGACAUCUACGACUGCAUCAAAUACGACGUGCAGCACAACAGCUCCCUGAAGCUGGACAACACCAUGGAGAUUUACCGGCUGUCCAAAGCGCUGGCCGACAUCGUCAUUCCUCAGGAAUAUGGCAUCUCCCAGCCUGAGAAACUGGACAUCGCCAAAGGCUACUGUACGCCCCUCGUCCGAAAGAUCCGGUCAGAUCUGCAGAGGACGCAAGACGACGACACUGUCAACAAGCUUCAUCCAGUGUAUUCCAGCGGAGUUAUGUCCCCUGAGCGCCACGUGAGGACCAGGCUGUACUUCACCAGCGAAAGCCACGUCCACUCCCUGCUCUCCAUCUUACGCUACGGGGCCUUGUGUGACGAGACUAAAGAUGACCAGUGGAAGAGGGCGAUGGACUAUCUCAAGGUCGUCAGCGAGCUGAACUACAUGACCCAGAUCGUCAUAAUGCUAUACGAGGACCCAAAUAAGGACCCCACGUCAGAGGAGCGCUUCCACGUGGAGCUGCAUUUCAGCCCCGGGGCCAAGGGCUGCGAGGACGACAAGAACCUGCCCUCCGGGUUCGGCUACAGGCCUGCGUCACGGGAGAACGACGGCUCAAAGAAGAAAUCGCAGAACGACAGCGAUGAAGAGUCCGGCAGGCGCGAUGAAGAGUCCGCUAGGCGGGACGAGCCGGACCGGGCGCUCAUGAUGUUCCGGCCGCUGGUGUCCGACCCCAUCUACAUCCACAGGAAGUCUCCCCUGCCACGCUCAAAAAAGAUCGGCUCGGUCGAAGAAGAGAGCCCCCUGAGUGUGUCUAGUCCUGAGUCUAUUGGUACCUGGAUUCAGUACACCUGUGCUGUUGGUACAGGGCGUCGAAGACGCAGAUCAGGGGACCAAAUAACUUCCUCCCCCGUCUCCCCCAAAUCUCUGGCUUUCACAUCCAGUAUUUUUGGCUCAUGGCAACAGGUUCUGUCGGAGAGCAACAGUCAUGCUCGAGCCGGGCGACUCCUCUCCGAGCACAAGCUCUCCGCCGGAAUCGGGUCUCAUUGCGCUGGGCUGUUCAGCACCAUGGUGCUCGGGGCCUCCUCCAGUGCACCUAACCUCCAAGAUUACGCUCGCGCUCACCGUAAAAAGCUGGCCUCCUCUGCCUUCUUAGAUGAGACCACGCGUGGUUCUGCUGUAAAAAGAUUUUCUAUCUCAUUUGCUCGACACCCAACCAAUGGUUUUGAGUUGUACUCCAUGGUUCCCUCCAUUUGCCCCCUGGAGACCCUGCACAACUCGCUCUCUCUGAAGCAGGUGGAUGACUUCCUGGCUUCUGCAGCCAUGUCUCACGAGCCCCUCUUCGACACGCCGUCGUCCUCCCCAGCUUCCAACUUGAAGAAGGCCCCUUUGAACACAUAUACUCCAGCAAAGGUGCUGCCUUGCCCGUUCACCUCUGGCAAGAAAACGCUAGAAAGAGCUGUGACCGUGUGCGGCGGGUCUCCCAGCAGAACGCCGAGGGGGGGUCUGACCACCCCCCUCGGAGCGUGCGAGCCCAAGCGGCUGCCGUCCCCUAAACGCGGCCUGGCGGAGAAGCCUAUCCUGGAGCCCACCAAGGAGGAGACUGAACCCCCAGCCGUGCCUUCCGCCCCCACCCUACCCCCUCUAUCCCAUGAUGCCCCUAACCCACCCCUGUGUGAUGAUACCCCGAGUGACAAAGCACCCCCACAACACCCCCCCUGUGACACCCCGGUUCAUAAAGCCCCCCAGCAAUGCCUCCCUCCUGACCCCCCCGGUGAGCACUCGCCCCCUCCAGGCCUGUCCCAUGGUUCCCCUGAAAAGGCGCCGUCUCUCGAGACCCCAGGAGAGGAAGGGUCCAAGCUGGCCACCCCCCACGACAUGGCUGCUGGCUCCCCCAAAACCUGCUCUCUUUGAUCCCCAUGGAGACAGAACCCUGCCAUAAGCCCUCCAGCCAAGGGUAGGACACCUACCAGACCCAGAGUCAAUCCAGCAUAGAGCAAGGCUUGCGGCUGCGUGAAAACCAAUUCAAUUAAACUUCUCUCCUUACCUGACAUUUGUUUCGUGAAAAUAAGUCCUAUUUAAUCUUUCGUCUGGCCGUGUUCACAGAGAAUGAAAAGCGUUCAUGUGGCUGAAUUCUCAGGACUUGACGCUGAUGAUGUGUUACAUGGUUUAAAAAUAAAAAAAUAAAUAAGAAGGAAAAAAAAAAGUUGAGGCCAAAGCCUCCAACCAACGUUGUGACGAAAUGCGUUUACAGUAUCUGAACUGCUACUGAUUGGUUUACCGUUUUCACUCACAUUACUUAUUCAUAGGCUUUCACAAUUAUAUUUGAACUUUGUAUAUUUUGUUUCAUGACAUUAGUGUUUUGCACAUCGGAAUUUUGUUACUUUUAAGUGUAUAAAAUAUAUAUGGGACUUAAUGGUACCUGAAGUAUUUUAUUAUACAAAGAGGUGUACAGUAGUUCUGUAAGCAUAACGAUUUCGAAGUACUAUUUCUGUUAUUAUAAACAACCAACCAUAAAUCACCAAAGAUGUUGCUUGAAAGCUACCAGCGUCCGUAUUUUGUUGAUUGUCUUGCGUCUGAAUUGUUUGUCUUAGGAAGUGUUGAACAGUUGUAAGAUAUGGGUCCUUAAAUAGCCAAACUAAAGGUCAGAAAACCAGUUUUGAAAGUCUUGAUGGUUGGCCAGUGUUCUCUGACCAUUUGACAUGUCACUUUUGGCGUCAAGAUUUUGAAUGGUCUUUGAUUUGCCUUACAAGCGCAUCACUGAUCUAAUUUCCUUUGUAUUUUUCCAUUGUGAUUGAAAUGAUUGUUGUACAUAUUCCAUAUUGCCUAUACUGGACAUCCUGACCUGUAAAUAUUUUAAACUCAUGCAUCUCAUUGUAAUAAUAUUAAAUAUUAAAUCCAAUCUGCAAAUGGUUUUCGAUGGUAUGUUUCGCAGUUGUACAUUGCUCAUGUAAACCAGCGCGCCCUUGGAAUUUUUAUGGAAUGUAAUAUUAGUUUUCAGAAUUAAAAUAAAACAUGAAAAGUCA